AUGCUUGGGAUUGAGACGAGAGGGACAUGCCAGGAGUCGGGGCGUGAUGGGGCGGAGGCAGGGGACGCAAUGAGGACCGGCGAUGGCACAGGGGAGGGGAGCGACAUCAACAGCGGAGCAGGGCAGAGGCCGACGCCGAAAACAAUGCAGGAGUGGCUCAGCCUCGUCGCCAUGAUCUGGCUCCAAUCCGUGGCUGGGACGAACACCAACUUCCCCGCCUACUCGUCCCAGCUCAAGCAGAUCCUCUCCAUCUCCCAAGUCCAGCUCAACAACCUCGCCUUCGCCUCCGACGCCGGCAAGCUCCUGGGGUGGUUGUCGGGCCUUGCCGCAGUGCACCUCCCACUCUGGCUCGUCCUCCUGAUCGGCGCAUCGCUCGGGCUGGUCGGGUAUGGUGUCCAGUACCUUUUCCUGGCUGGCAAGGUCGCCUCGCUCUCGUACCCCGCCAUGUUCCUCCUUACCGCCCUCGCUGGGAACAGCAUAUGCUGGAUCAACACAGUGUGCUACGUUGUCGCUAUCCGCGACUUCCCGCUCCACCACCAGGUCGUCGUUGGGCUCACCACCAGCUACCAGGGGCUGAGCACAAGCGUCUACACCGAUAUAGUUGACGCUGCCUUCAACCAGGGUGGUGGUGUGGCCAGGGCUCGGGCCUACCUGCUCCUCAGCUCGGUCCUGCCGAUGGGCACGUCCCUGGUGACUGCGCCUUUCGUUAGGGACGUCAAUGCAGGCAGUCUAGGGGCAGGCAGAAACGCACACGGCGGGUUCUUAAUCCUAUUCGUGAUAACGAUCGCAACCGGGCUCUACGCAGUGGUGAGCAGCAUGGGGUCGGUAUCAGGCUGGUUGCCAGCACUUAACAACGCAAUGGGGAUGGGCAUAUUCCUUGCAGUCCCCGCCGUCGUGCCGCUCGCCAAGGGCCUCAAGCACUUUGUAGCCCUUACCCAAAAGAGGGAACACGACGUGGCGAGCGUGGAAGAGAACGGCGAACACGGCCGAGACAAGAGUGGGCUCAAGCCUGAGGCCCAUCGCCAGGUUGGCGACCAAGAAGAGGAGGAUAUUGUGAUUGCUCCUUGCGAGGAAAUGGCAACGGAUAUUGGUGCGAGAGAGGAGCUUGGGGCGAGAGACAUGGUUAGGCGGGUCGAGUUCUGGCUCUACUUUUUCGUGUACCUGUUGGGGGCAACGCUCGGGCUCGUGUUCCUGAACAACCUGGGACAGAUUGCAGAGUCCCGCGGGUGCUCGAAGACCUCAUCGCUGGUCACACUGUCGUCGUCGUUCGGGUUCUUUGGGCGGUUGAUUCCAUCUCUCUUCGACUGCCUCUUAGCAAGGAGUAAGUAUAUGGUGGCGAGACCGGCGUCAAUAGCAGGAUUGAUGGCACCGAUGGUGGGGGCCUACUUCCUGCUCCUUAGCCCCGCCAUGGUGGCGCUCUAUGUGAGCACAGCCGUGAUCGGCGUCUGCACCGGGGCCAUCGCGUCCAUUGCCGUGGCAACCACCACCGAGCUUUUUGGGACCAAGAACUUCAGUGUGAACCACAAUAUUGUGGUCGCCAACAUCCCGAUCGGGUCCUUUGUCUUCGGGUAUGCUGCCGCGCUUCUCUACCGCCGCCGAACCGCCGGCAGCGGCGGCGAGAAGUGCAUGGGGAUGGAGUGUUAUAACACGACGUUCGUCAUCUGGGGGUGUCUUUGCUUUCUUGGGACCAUCCUAGCUUUAGUCUUGUAUGCACGUACUCGCAGGUUUUAUUCCAAAAGUAUAGAAAGGGUAAUAGCUAAUUGA